UGAAUUAAAAUGGUUCGUACCUCUUUAAGAGAAGUUGCCAUUAUGAAAACCACAGAAAACUGUAGGCAAUGCGAGUGUUUUGGCCGAUGUUGGCACCUCUGGUGAAAAUAAGUAACUUUUUGAUGUUGAAUAACAAACUGUUUGACUCUCCAACAACGUAAGGUUGGCCUACCAUAAUCGCUUCAGACAUCGUUUGCAUGUCUUUGUAGAAAUAAGGCAGCAAAUCUGUUGUUUUGGAUGCGUAUCCAAAGUUACAGUCUGCAUGUGGCGCGCUGCAGUUAUCUGGCAACACAGAGGUUGACGUUAACUUUCGUUUCACUUUUGAGUCUAGCAGGCUAUGUCCCGCGAGGGGAACCAAGGGGGUUCUACAGAUUAAGUUGAAAUUGUCCUCUACAUGUGAUGGACGUGGUCAUCUAAAUUCAAAGACCUACACAAAGAACAUCCUUCUUUCUUUUACAUCGCUGAUUUGCAGGUAGGCUAUGUUUCGUGUUAGUUUCCCCCGGAUAGCAAACGGCGAGUGGACCACAGAGGCCCGCUGCAUUUUGCUCAUCGGUUUUUGGUCCAUUUGGUGAUUUACAGACACACGCACGGUCCACCGUUUUGGUACUUGCUUUAAAAACUUUGUUUUUGUUUAUUCAUUUAUAGGCUACUUAUUUAUUAUUUUUCAAUAACCCUUAGCAUUUUCACAGAUGUUACUAAUGCGUAACUAGUCUUUAAGUGACGAAGUCAUUAUUGACCUUGACCAGUGCCACUUCUUCUGUUUAGUGGCUGAUAUUUUAAAUAGAUUGUGCCAAGGACGUGAUUCAGAAAAUCCAGGAAUUGCGAACAUUUCUUUCAUGUUAAUUUUUCAAUACCAACGCCCAGUUCAACUAAAGAUGAUGGUAGUCUGAGAGCGGACCUAAGUUUACCGGUGGACCGCUAGCCUAUAUGCUUGCUAUCUAGGUCUUUUCGUGUUUGUUUUCUUGAAACUCUAAUGACUCGUGUUCUUUUCAUCCUCGUAUCGUGUAGGCAACUGUUCACGUAUUAAAGCAGGCCUACAUCAUUACAAGCAGAGCAGCGUUGUUGGGGUAGCUCGUCUCGCACAUCUCUGUCAGUAACAUAGAUAACUGAGCGUUGUUGUCAGGCUGAAGUGGUAAUGUAAAUAACUUAAUCGAUGUCGCUUUUCUCCGAUAGCAAAAUGCUAAUGCUACCACUGUCCACUGUGAGUUAGCCUACUUGUGUCGCUACGGUUAUCUGACGUUAACUUAUGAGUUUCACUUUUGAAUCUAGCGGGCUAUAGCUUACAAGAGGAACCAAGGGGUUUCUACAUAUAAAGUUGAAAUUGUCCUCUAAUAGUGUCAGGUCUAUGUGAUGCAACAGACCACACUGUACGUACACGGUGGUUUAACGCAAUUUGCUCAAUGGUCGCAAGUUUCCUGUUAAAUCAAGUGGAUGGAAGUUGUGUUUCACGACGCUGAAGAUGACUCAACAUUCGCUGCCGGGUCUUGUUCUGAGAAGUGAGAGGGCUAUGCCCUUGACCACCUCUGACCACCAGUAAGAAUGGGCAACAGCCACCCGAGCGUCCUGCAGCAACACGGCUUCACCCUGGUGAGAGAGGAGCGCGGGGCCAGUCUGGUGAGGUCGCAGGAGGGCAAUGAGUACCUCGUCAGACAGAUCAAUGGUAACACAGAGGAUGUUUUUAUAGUGAAUGAAAUUCUUGGAAAACUGCAGCAUCCGUAUAUCAUUGGACAUCAGAAGUCCUUUAAAGAUGGUGGUACAUUCUAUGUUUUGGUGGACUACUCCAACGGAGGAGAUUUGUCUCAAAAGAUUCAAGACAAGCGAGAACGUGGUGAACCGUUUACAGAGGAAGAGGUUAUGGAUUGCUUUGUCAAGAUUUGCUUGGCGUUGAAGCACUUGCACACCAAUCACAUUAUUCACAGAGACUUAAGACCACAGAGCAUUUUCUUCACUGAGUUUGGGACUGUGUGUUUGGGGGAGCUUCCAGAGAUCAAAGAAAGAGCUGGUGUAAAGAGUGACUCUACUGGGGAACUAACUAACAUUCCCCCUGAAAUCCUGAAGGGAGAAGAAUACCAUGACAAGAGUGAUGUUUGGUCUUUGGGCUGUCUGCUCUAUGAGCUGUGUAUGAUGAAGAGUCCAUUCACUGCAGAGAGUACAGGGAAGCUGGUUCCUACGAUCCUGAGCGGUUCCUAUGCGCCUCUCCCUGAUACCUUCUCCCAGUCCCUACAGCAGCUCCUCAGAGAUGUCCUGCAGGUGGACCCGGCGCUCAGACCCUCAGCGCAGGAGAUUUCGUGGAGGCCGUCAGUCAUCGCCUUCCUCACAACCCAGAGUGAACGGACUGUUGCGGAGCUCCAGGAGAGCCUUCAGAAGCUGAGGGCUCUGGCUGAUGGUCUGGAGAACCUGCACUUCGGCACCACCGUGGGCAGCCUGACUGGAGGGGUGAUUGGAGCCGCUGGAGGGAUCACCUCCAUCGUGGGUCUCAUCCUGGCCCCCUUCACUCUGGGUGCCUCUCUGAUCGUGACCGGCGUGGGAGUUGGGGUGGCAAUCGCUGGUGGUGCAGCCGCGGGCGUCUCCAACAUCACCAACAUGGUCAACCAGUCCAUGGACCGCAGGAACGUAAAGAACAUCAUCAGCGAGAUCCAGGAGAAGCUGAACUCGGUGGUGGUCAACCUCCAGCACAUCUGUGAAGGCCUGGAGGCCCUGAAUCUCCCCAGAUCGGAGAAUUCCUCAGGAAUAGGGGCGCAGAGCGCGGCCAAGGCGGGUGUCAGAAUGGGGAGGGGGCUGGGGGGCAUCUCUGAGCUGGUGCGCCUGGCACAGGUGGCAAACCUGGGGAAGGUGGCGGCGCAGACCGCCAGGGCCGUGCGGGUGGCAGAGGUAGCCACCGGCAUCUUCUCGGCCUUCUUCCUGGCCGUGGACGUCUACUUCAUCGCCAUGGACGCCAAGGAGAUCCACAACAUCCGACAGACCAGGGCAGAGAUGGCCACGGCAGAAGACCCAGGCCAGCUGAAGAUGCUUGAGGGCGCUGGUGCCGCAGACGCCGAUGCGCUGGAGCUACGAGAGGUGGACUCCAUGACGGAGCUGCGCCCUGGUGCAGCAGAGGAGGCCAAGCCAGAGGUGAAGUCGGAGACCAUGAAGUUUGUCCUGCAGAUCAGGGAGACAGCAGCCCAGCUGCAGGACGGCCUGGACGAGCUGAGCGACGUCAUCACCUUCAUCCCAAAGGUUGAGGCCUACAGCCUCUAAGCCAAUAAAAACAUGGUGGCACUUUUCGAUACAGGGUGUUUUUCUGUCACGUUUUCCACACAUAGGAAUCUGGUCACCCUGACUGUAGAGGGUAAUCUAUCUCAGGUAACUUCCUCAUGUACUGGGUUUGCUCCAGUCAACUGAGGACCUUUAACACGUGCAUCCUUGUACUUUAUGGUUUAACUGAAGAGCAAUGUUGUCAGUACGCACCAGUCGGCUAACAACUGAUCAGAACUGUCACCAUGAUCACAUUUUAAAAUGUACAUUUUAGGGGUUUGAAUGUAUAUGCUCACAGUUUGACAAUUAACCUCUUUGAGUUUGAUUUAAUCGUCAACCUAGACAGCCAGGGAUACAGAUGGAUAAGGAAGAAUUUUAUGAUUUGUUUUAGUUGGUUAAGUUUUAGCUGCAGUUAUUAUAUGAUAUCAUACUUGUCUUUACUGGAAAAUCUCAGUUCUAAUAGCCUGUUGUGAUCAUAACAUGAAGUACUUCCUUGACGGUAUCUCAGUGUAAUGCUAAGCAUCUUAUCAGACAUCGUACCCUGCUGUGCACGUGUUUGUUCACCCUGUGGAAUCUGAGUGCAGAAACGAGAGGAGAUGUGUUUCAUGACCUUUGACCUCUGUGUGUUAGAGGGUGAUGUGCUGAUGUACUUCUGAACAUGUUCUCCUGUGUGGUGAACUAUCUCCACCCAGCUUCACCGUUAGAACAGAAUAAAACCCAAACCAGCUGCUUCCCUC